AUGAUAACCUUAGACGUUGUGGCUAUUGUAAUAUACAGACAUCUUCAGGAAGCUGAAGUGAUCUGCACUGUGACUGUGGCCGGGAACAUCCUCAUCAUUGUGCUAGUUGUGAUUGAUCAGCACCUUCACACCCCCAUGCAUUUCUUAAUGGAGAACUUGUCCUGCUUGGAGGCCUGCUACACCUCCACCAUCCUGCCCAGGGUGCUGGCCGGUCUCCUGACUGGGAACAGAACCAUUUCUGUUACUAGCUGCAUUGCACAAUUAUAUGUCUUUGGUUCUCUGGCAGGGACAGAGUGUUUGCUUUUAUCUGUGAUGUCCUAUGAUCGGUAUUUAGCAAUAUGCAAACCUCUGCAUUACGCAGCACUUAUGAAUGACAGGUUGUGCCUCCAACUAGUAGUUGGAUUGUGGAGAUGGACUUAUGUCUGUUUCAUCUUUAUAUUUAUGAUGUCACAAUUAACAUUCUGUGGCCCCAAUGAAAUUGACCAUUUCUUUUGUGAUUUUCUUCCAAUAAUAAAACUCUCCUGCACUGACUCCCACAUGGUGGAAGUUGCUAGUUUCAUAUCAUCCUCUAUAUUUACCUUGCCUCCAUUUCUAUUGACGGUGGCAUCCUAUGUUUAUAUCAUCUCCACCAUCCUGCGAAUCCCAUCCACCACUGGGAGGCAAAAGGCUUUUUCCACCUGCUCCUCUCACCUCAUUGUGGUGACAAUUUUCUAUGGGACUCUCAUCAUGGUGUAUUUGGUCUCAGACUCUGAUGCAUUGAGGGACCUCAACAAAGUGUUCUCUUUCUUCUAUGGAGUCCUGACGCCAUUGCUCAACCCCCUCAUAUACAGUCUGAGAAACAAGGAGUUUGAUGACCUCAAAUUAGUGAAGAAGGGAAGGUAA